AGGUCACAGCUGCGGAGCUCACUUCCGUUUACUGGGCGGCUCUGAGCUUGGCGCGUCUGACUGCCACCCUGGUCACACCGCACGUGAAUCAUUACCGCUAUAUCCAGCUGCACCUGCUGAUGGCCUGGGCUUCAAUGGCAGCCUUCAGCCUCUCCGAGAGCUUUCCGCUGGUGGUGCUUUCGACCUUUCUCUAUGGCUUCGCACUGGGCCCGCUGUUUCCGGGCGCACUGCUGGUGGCCGAGGAGAAGUUGGCACCUGAACCCUUAGAUGGACGAGCAGCAGGCUUCACUGUGGCCUGUGCCGCUCUGGGCGAGAUGUUGCUUCCCUUACUGACGGGACUCUGUUUUGACUGGGAUCACGCGUCUUUCGGUCCUGUGCAGUUAGCCAUAUGCAGUAGCUCACUGCUGAUCUUCGCUGGUGUGUGAGGGGCGCAGUUUCACCCAGUGAGGCUUGCAAUAGAUGUGCU